AUGUCCUUAAUUCAUAGCAUAUCAAGCUUGUUAUUAGCUAAUAGAGAACUAAUCAUUCAAAAAACUUUCCAUGAACUUAAUAAAAGUAUGAGGAAUUUUUCAUUGCUUAAUAUCUUUACUGAUAAGGAUUUCAGGGAUGGUAAUGGAAAACCAUUGAAUAGAAACUUAUUAAUAUCAUUAAAUCAAUCAUUACUUGAAGAAUAUUUAGCUUUAUUAUUAAAUAAUAUCCCAACUGCAUUCAAUGAUUCAAGAAAUAUAAUUGAUCAAAUGACUUUUAUUAGAUUUUAUAAAUUAAUAUUCAUAUUACCACUUUUUUUCAAGAAUAAUUCUCGUUCUAUUGAAAUUGAAAAUUUACAAUCAGUUGAAUUCCAUGAAUAUGAAAUGACUUGUGGUACUUCAUCAAUGAAUUAUGGUUUAAAAUCAAUUGAACCCCCCUUCCAACUAUUUGGUGUUGCAAUUUCAAUUGAUGAUUCAAAUGAAACUCAAACAGAACAAUUAUUAUACAAUAUGAGUAUGAAAUUAGGUGUUAUUGAAAAAGAAAUUGAUGAAAUACUAUUAUUACGAGAUCCAGAGGAAACGUUUAAUGAAAUAUUUGAAUGUUUACAUGUCAUGUUGAAAACUUGUAAGGCAUCAAUUAUCUGUGAUGAUUUACUUACCACAAAAAAAGGUAAAAGAGAAUUUUUAUUGAAUGGAAUUAUUGCACCAGUAUUGAAAAUUUUCCGUUAUAUAUUUAUGGAAAAUAAUGGUGAAAUUUUAAAUAUUGAUCUUGAAAAAGAAUAUAAGGUUAAUAUCCCUCGGAUUCCAAGAUCCAGUUCAAAGAAUAAUAAUAAUAAUAAUGAUGAUGAUGAAUCAAUAGAAUUGAAAAGUUAUCCAGGUAUAAAUAUUAAAGGUUUAAAUUAUGAUUCAAAUUUAGAAUUUUCACUUUUAUCAAUUGAAAUCACUUCAUACAUAAGUUUUAACAAGUUAAUUACAGAACAUGAUUUCAUUACAGAAAUUUUAUUACAAAUGUGUUGUUGCAAUUUAACUUCAUGUAUCCUUUCAGAUGGGUUUAAUCUUGUAUUAAUACAAAUCCCAGAAAAUUUCAAUCCAAAAUUAAUAUUAAAUGAUUGGAGUACUACAACUUUAAUGCAAAUUGAUCUUGAUAUAUUAUUUUUAAAAUCAAAUGGUACAUUUUUCAAAUUAUGUCAUGAUACUUAUGAUGAACCUUAUAAAAUGAAGAAAUUAUGUAAAUUAACAACUGAAAAGACAACUCCAAUGUUAUUAUUAUUAUUGAAUUUAUAUGAUAAUUUUAAAAAUUUUGAAUCAAAUUUAAAAGAUACAAAAUUACCUGAUUUAAUGAGAAUUUUAUUAAAAGAUAACUUGAAAUCACAUUUCCCAAGCAAAUCAUUUACGUCAUGA